CCUCUUGUUGAUUGCAACCUGCAGACAGGCGGAAAGGGGCGUGGCUUGUGGAGCCCCUCCCCCUGCUGAAUGGAAAUCACCUGGGGAGCAGAGAGGAGGGAGGAGGUUUGCAGAGGAUCAGCAGGAGAUGUUUCCUUCAAGUGAGGCUGAGAAAGCCUGGAGCUCAAGAUUUAUUCCGGGAUUUGUUGAUCUUCUUGAUUUUCCGGGGAGCAGAAACUGAAUAUUUAGAUAAUUUUUCAGCAUUUUAUUUUUUUGUGUAGUUUGUUCACAUUUAAACUGCAACGAAUUGGAAUCUGGAGCAUUUUAAAUUGGUUUUCUGCUACAAGAUGAGGCAGCUGCAGAAGUUCAGAGCGCUGCUCUGUGCUGUCUGGUGUCUCCGGGCUGCUGCUGCUGCAUCUCCGCCUUCUGCAGGCUUUGAGGCAAACCACCACUCUUCCUCCACUGCUGCUCCAUCUUCUUCUCCUUCGGCGGUGCAAUCCUCCCGUCCCUCUCAGCAGUUUCUGGCUCGGUUUACCCAGGUGAGCUCUCCAAACAGCGGGGACCGUAAACAGCGGGACGCCAGCGCCGUGCGUCCCUUCAUCGGCCUCACCAGCAGCGCUGAGCAGAGCCGGAGCUGCUGUAAGAACGGAGGAACCUGCAUCCUCGGCAGCUUCUGCGCCUGUCCUCCAUUCUUUACUGGGAGGAGCUGCGAGUACGACACCCGGAUCAGACGAUGUGAUUUUAUACCUCAUGGAGAGUGGGUCCAGAGAGGAUGUUCCUACUGUCGCUGUUUCUACGGCGUCUUGCACUGCUUACCUCGCGUUUUCCACAAAGAUUGUGAUGAUGCAGACGAGGCGGUGCGUUGGCUUGAUUCGUCGGCGGUCAGGAUGAAUCCUCCCAGCUGUUUCCUGUUUCUGCUGCUGCCACUUCCUGCGCUGCUGCUCCUCUGAUGCCAGCCCUGCAGCCUGGUUCCUUCCCUGCAGACAUGUCCAAACGAGCAGGAUCACUUUUAUUCUCCUCUGGGCUCUAAACCGACCAACACAGAUGCUUUAAGCUGGAGGACUGAUCAGACGCCGGGUUUAUUUUAUCCCUCUGAAAUGUUUCAACAGAGAACGGAGGACAGGAGUUCUUCCCUCGUUGUUCCAAAUGAAACUCUGCUUUGUGUUUGUCCAGGAGGUAAAUGAAAUGAAGGAUGCUGUACAUAAGAUUUUUAUGCAACAUGUUUUUUAAAAUCAUUUAUCACUUUAUUUUCUCUUUGUGAAAGAAAAUAUUUGCUGUGAUUCUUGUUUGAGACUUGCACAAACUGAUGUGAUGUGACACUUUGUCUUUAAAUCUAACCUUCAUGUUUUUAAUUAAUGCCUUUAUUUAUGUUGGUGUUGCACAGGAUUAAUUUUUUAGGGAAGCACGUUUAACUGUGUGAGCAGUUUAAAGUCUGUGCUCCCAGUCUGUGUCUCUGUUAUCUGGAGCUUUUUCCAGAGAGGAACCGUUCUCCCCUCGCUGUUAUCUCCACCGCUUACAGGUUGAAUUUGAUUAUUUGCUGCUUUCUUAUCUUAAACCAACACAGCAGCGGCUGUUCUGCAGUCCGUCUGCUGGUUUGCUGCUGCAGAUCCAAUAAAUAAGCAGCAGAACUGGUUCAGGUUUAUUCUUAAUAAGUUAAUGCUCCCUCUGAAGCAGCUGGUGUCCAAAGCAGGAUCCCACAUGUGGAAAACUGCUAACGUAAAGAUUCCUUUAUGAAUCAAACCAGUGACAAACAUUCACACCUUAAUCAACUCACAGCCACAGACUUUAGUGUGUUGUCAAUUCUGUUCAGCUG